AUGACGUCACUUUCAGACGACGAGCGGCAGAUGGUGGAAUCGCUCGGCUGGCCUGUGGAGCUGUUUGAAGAUCCGCGGAAGCGGCCUCGGCUGGUCCAAAGUCCGGAGGAGUUUGCACAAGCCUUACUCCUCGAAGACCACCUCGAGGACAUUGUCAUUCUGCAGGAUGGCCUGAAGAGGGCCGGCCUCGCAGAGAAUGAGGCCCUGCCACCAUGGCUCUCCAAAGCCCUGGAUGGUGCGGAAGGUUCAGUCCUCCGUUGCCUGCGGCAGCUGGCGCCGGCGGAGCUGGCAGCGCACAAGGCCGCCCUGGAAUUCCCCGACGACCGCGGAGUUCAGCGGGAGGCUUUGCCACGCCCGUACCCUUUCUGCCUCUGGGAUGAGACGGGCGCCACCAAACUGCCCGAAGCUGGUGCGCUGCCUGAGGCAUGGCGGGAUCUUUCGCAGCGCCUGGUGGCAGCCGAGGCCUUGAAGGCCAAAGGCGACCUGGAUGAGUCUCAUCUCUAUGUCUGCGAAUUCCGACGCCUGCGAGAGCGUGCAGCCAACACGGCUGCGGCUGGCUAUGGCUGCACGGAUCCAACGAAGAGCCUGUGCCUGCGUCAUGCGCGGGAUUGGCUUGGUGAACUUUCACGCUGGACGCUGUACUGGAACUGCUACGACGAUGGGAUCUUCAUCGGUGGCCGUGGAAGUGGCAAGGGGUUGCACGUGGACCAGGUGCUGUGGAGCAACAUCGGCAAGCAGUGGAGGGGCUACAAGCUGAUGGUCACUUGGCCAGCAGGCGCCGAGAGUGCGCAGCACGUGCGGGCGCUGCCGGACGCCCAUUUCCGGCCUCCGCUUGGGGAGCCCCAACUGGCGGCACUGAGGUCGGCCUCACGAAUCGCGCUGCUCCGCCCGGGUGACCUCUUCAUUUGCAGCGGUGGCGUGGCGCAUGCAACGGUCAGUGCAUCCAACGAGCUCACCGUGACGGGGUACGAGUCUCUGGUCUCAUUGCACCCGAGGCUGGUGGCCCAUCUCCUGGAGACUGGGUCAGUCUCCGGACCAUGUGCGCUCGACAAAGGCGUGAUGGAGUGCGAGGAGCUUCGAGAGCUCCGACUGUCGUUGCUCCAGCGGCUGAUGGCGCUGCUGCAGGAGCAGACCGCGUCCAAAGUGGCGACCUCCGAGAUCAAGUCUGCAGCUUCCUUUGGCACGCCGCUGUCGCUUCCAUGCCCGGCGCUGCGGCAGCAGCUGGCCAGCGCGGCCUCGCUGGUGGCAGCCGAUCCCAACUUUGCAUUGCUUGCCAAGGGGGUCGGCGUGUGUCGGCUGAUGGCAGCGAGCGACUUCCUGAAAGCGUCAGCUAAGGAGGCGUUUGGGUCGGAGCCGAGCCGGAAGC